AUGGGAACUAAGCUCCAAUUUAGCAGCGCUAGUCAUCCCCAGACAGAUGGUCAAACUGAAGCUAUAAAUAGAAUUCUUGUUGUUUAUGGCACUCGUCCCCUUAGUCCACUAGACUUGAGCCCUUCAAUUGAUAAGCAGCAAUACAACUUUGAUGCUGACCAAAGGGCUAAGGAAAUUAAGAAGUUGCAUAAGCAAGUCCGCGAGCGAAUCCAAAAGCAGAAUUUGAGAUACAAAGCUCAACGUGACAAGCAUCGAAGACAGCAGACUUUUAAGGUAGGAGAUUUGGUUUGGAUACAUCUACGAAAGGAACGAUUUCCUAAACAGCCAAACACCAAGUUGUCUCCAAGAGCUGAUGGUCCGUUCAAGAUAGUGCAAAGGAUCAACAACAAUGCUUACAAGGUGGAAUUACCUGGUUCUUAUGGUGUAUCUGCAACUUUCAAUGUCGCUGAUUUAUCUCCAUACGUUGAUGAAGAUGAUGAAUUUGACUCGAGGGCGAGUUCAAAGUUUCGCCUCUUGUUAUGGAAAUUGUGUGUUUGUUAUUCUUCCCUAGGAUUCUUUUCUAUUACACCGAGAGAGGAAGCUAGCGGGAACAAUUCCGAUGCUGAAAGCAGGGGAGAAAGAAAUGAAACUGUUCGCACGGAGGAGCGAUUGAGGGACAUGAAGAGCCUUGAAAGUACAAAGAGCGAGGAAGCUAGCAAGAACAUUUCCGAUGAUGAAAGGGGAGAAAGAAAUGAAGCGGUUCGAAGUCCUCCUAUCAAAGUACUCUCGGUCUUGGGGUUCAUCUUCAUCUCGUACAGUUUGGUUUUUACUUGCGGCGACACUUACUUUGUUGUGCAAACAAGCAAGUUGGAUUUUAAUGUGGGUGAAUUGGAUGUUCCUGUUAUUGUUUUCUUUGUACUCCAAUCUUCAGUUGCUUCUGUAGUUAGAUUGAUCCAGUCAAGACUAAAACUGUUGGAACCAAUUUGGAGCAUGGCUGUUGGGAUGUUUUGUUCAUCACCUUGCUGUUUUUGGGCUUGGCUAGUGGAACGUGGAAGUCUUCCCUUGAGCAUCUGGGUUUUAACUCCACAGUAUUUGCUGCUAGGACUAAUGGAAGGAUUUGCAGAGUUCGGACUAGAGAGUUUCCUUCGAAAUCAGUUGGUGCCUAAAUCAACGAGAAAAUUUGUGUAUCCGGGCUUUGUAAUGCUGUCCGGGAUCGUCGUCAGCAUACUAUUUGCAUUAAUUUUCGUUAGCCGGAUCCGCCUGGAUUGGUGUUUUCUCAUAUUGGCAUCACAAAGUUUCGUGUUCUCUUGCAUUUAUGCAUGGUUUGCCAAGUUUCAAACGAAGGGUCUGUUGGGAGGACGAGUGAGUUCGAAUGAGUCCAGAUCUCGCACCAGCUCAGACGCUCAGCCUAGUCAGCAAGAGAAUGGUGAAGCGGCGAGUCACGUGAAUCGACAAGUAGGAAGAAGCAAGACGAUCAGAAGGAAGAAUUCGCGGGAGCAGCGAGUAGAAGUUUAACGGUAUUCAAUUGGCAGGGCACGUUUUGAUGGAAUAAGCAUCAUGGUUUUAAUCUUAGUUCUUUCUUGUCUUCUGCUUUCCCUAUUCUACCACCAGCUCGUCCCUCUUGCACAUAGCUUUUUUCCUUGCGUUUUAAUCAUAUUAAAUUGCUGUCAUGAAUUUUCCGAAUGGGAUAUCAGCUGUCUUCAAACUAGGAGUGACACACAUAUCAGAAUCUCGCCCAGCCGGUCGAUUCAUUGUCAUUAUCUCCUGCGCCGCAGCAUAUACUAUGGUAAGCUAUCAUGUCUUUGAUAUUUAUAAGCCAUACACACGCUGAAUCAUGAAUAUACCGUCCUCAUCUUCUCGGAUUUGGGAUG